GAUGACGUCACAACCAUUGUUGCUUGUUCUUCCAUGGUACUUGCUUGUUAGAAACUAGCAUCGGUUCAGGUAACGCCAUGUCUUCGGGUACGAUCGACUUCGAUACGCUGCGAAUGGACGAUCUCAGGUCGCGAUCCAACAUUACGGAGCACACGAAUCCGAAUCAGGAACACGUGGACUAUAUACGUCUUCUACAAGAAAACAAGAAACUGGAAACCAGCUAUCUGUUGUCCGUCGGAAUUGCGUGUCAUGACGCCAAGUUUAGAAGACGGUUAUCAGCCUUAACCAAGUUAGAAGACACGCUCAAGAAGACACUGACUGAGAAAUGCGAACUCCUCAAGACGAUAAAUAAAUACAGCCGCGAUGUGGAAGAGCAGGAUCAAGUUAGAAAGGAUCUGGAGCGAAAGGUUUUUUCUCUUCAGAAGGUCUUAUUUCAUCCUGGCUGA